AUAUAUUUUAUUUUUAGGGCAAAUUUACAAGUGGAUGCUCUGAAAGCUAUAGGCCUUGUUCAACGAUGGCUGCUUAAUUAUUCACAAUGGCUUCCAAAACACAAUCACGCAGUUUUCCUGACCAAAUAUGAUUUAUUAGCGUCGAAAGGAGAUUCUUCGACUCAAGGCAUGGCAUAUGUCGGUACUAUGUGCCAUAUUGGUGAUUCAGUAAGUAUUGUAGAGGAUAUCGGUGGGAUGGCUACAGCCAUUGUAGCCAUUCAUGAAAUCGUACAUAGUCUUGGAGCAUAUCAUGACGGAAUAAAUCUUAGUGAGGACUGUGAUGAAAGAAUGAAUUAUAUAAUGGCACCUUUAAUAUCUGGAUCCGAGGACGAACAGAAAUUCUCUAAUUCAUUCAAAUUAUCAAAAUGUUCUAUUCGACAAAUAGAAAUGUUUUUAGCGUCAUUACCUGGUGAAUUAAUUACGAAACAAAGACAAUGUGCUAUAUCAUUCGGUAGUCAUUAUGGGAUUUGUGCUGUAAGCCUUACAUUCUAA